AUGGCGUCACGCUUGCCCACAGCUGCCAGCGCCAAGGUGCGUGUGGGGCCACGCGCCAGAGGAGAGCUGUGCGGAGGGAACUGCAUGUGUGUGUGCAGAGGCGUGCGGGAGGAGGUGUGUGGGCAGGGUGGGCUGCCUGUGAGGAGUGUGUGCCCAAACAACAGACCGGUGUGUGCAGACCGGUGGGUGCAGACCCCUGCGCGCAGGCCCCUGUGUGCAGACCCGUGUGCACAGACCGGUGUGUGCACACCUGUGUGUUGCAGACCCGUGGGUGCAGACCCGUGGGUGCAGGCCGCCCUGGGCUGCAAGUGCUUACUCAUGGCAGUGAAGCGGCCCCCGGACUGUAGCGAUGCUGUUCGCAUCGCGGAGCUUUGCGAGAGUGGAUCUUGGCCGGCUGAUAUUUUUAGAAGGAUAAAGGCUUUUAUCCCGCGAGGCUGUCUGACCUCACUUACCGGGAGAGAUGGGCUGCUCACAGGAGAUGAGAAUAGGUGUAUGCAUAAGUUGUAA